UUCAUCGAGGAGCAAUGGUGCUAGCUGUGUUGUUUGUUGUAAUAGGUUUCAUACCUAUUUUUGUUGAAGUCCAAGGCUACAGUCAGAUUAUAGAAUCCGGCACGGCUCAUCCUGUUUUAGGAAUUCUGGUGACGGUCUUGUGUUUCCUCAAUCCAAUUAUGGCUCUGUUUCGACCUGAUGGUGACCACAAAUUCAGGUGGAUCUUCAACUGGGCACAUUUGGGUGUCGGUGUCAUUGCACAGGUGUUAGCCGUUGUGACUGUUUUCCUUGGAUACGUACUAGAACGUUCUAUGAUGCCAAACGAAGCUAUCUACGUGACCAUUACACAUCUGAUCGUCAUCGCUAUCAUCUGUGUAGUCCUCGAGAUCACCAAAUGGAAAUCUUAUAUGAAGCAAAAAAAGCAAGUAGAAGACAAGAAUGGAGUACUUCCUGAAGAUAUCGAGAUGAAAGAGGUCAAGGACGUGUCAGAACCUCCAAAACCCUCGGUCCUUCCGUUUGCCUUGAUGUUGCUCCUCGGUGGAUUCUUGUUUGGUUCCGCGAUGGCGAUCUUAGUGAUUAUAGCUGAUAGCUAAAUCCGGGAACCAGUAACUACCGGUUUCUGUAGUUCCAUAUUCCCUCACAUACGCUAGGAACCAGAAAUAUUAACACCCGUUUGUUCUGUGUGCUAAUAAUCAUCGAAUUGUAUGUUUCCUAAAACACAACAACGUUUUUGAUGAAUUAAAAAACUCUUUACAUGAAUAUAAACAGCAAGCUAGUUGUAGUUGAAUACUGUUUUGUGUGCCAUAGAAUUUUACUUUUCAUACUGAUUUGAUUACAACUAUACAUUAGAUGAAUUCUUACCAAAGACUAUCCGUUAGUUUGAAUGAAACAGUGGAAAAAAGAACCUUUUAGAUAAUAGGUGCUUGAAUAACUUGUACAUUGUGUGUUUAAUCAUGUUUUUCAAACUAUUUUGUUUAUUUCAUUUGUUAGACUAUUAACGCUUAUAACCAUUCACCUGCCGGAACAGAAUGUUUAAAGCCUUUACCGCCAGUUUGAACCCAGACCAUCCGGUACAUCUCCUACGCAGUCAAUCUCCUACGCAGUGAUCUCCCCUUAUCAGCACAAUCUGCUAAGGGAGGUAAUCACUGUGAGGAAUUUGUCACACAGUCUGACUAGGCUCUAUACUGUGGGUUGCUUAAAAUUUUGUAUUUUGAUACAAAAAUCGCGUGAAUUUUGAAUGGGCGGUUCUGCUUUUAAGUCAGAGCAAGUCCAUUACACAAAUGCAGAAGGUUUAGAACUAAAAGGCCAAUUAUGCCUCAGAUAUGCCACUGUUUUUAUUUCUAAAAAACUUUAUUUUUUAUAUUUCUUUACAGUUUCCAAAACAUUACUCAUUUGUCAUAUAGAUGAAAUAAAUUUGCUUUGUUGUUUUAUAUAUAUGAGAAGUUGGUAUAAUUAUAGUGAAUAAACGUUUGUGGAUUUCUGAGACAUAAUGUGCCUUAAAUAAGAGUUAAUAUAUGUGAGUAAUUGCAUGAAUAAUACAAAUAUAGUAUAUUCUGCUUUGUUCUAAGCGAUGCUCAAGUGUUAAAAUACGCAAUUUGAAUGUGAUACAUUUACAUAUAAGUUCUGUCUUUGUUUAUCUUUUUCUAAUAAAAUUUAUACAUGUAUAAAUAUA